GCACAGGCAAGUCAGGCACCAGAGAGCGAGGCAGGCGUGAGCGAAGAGUCCAGCGAGACCGGCGGGCCGGCGGCGGCGCAGGUCACCGAGGUGGUCGGCCGUUUCGAGACGCGGGCGGCCUUCGAGCAGGCGGUCAAGGCCCUGCAGGCGGCGGGCUUCGGCCAUGCCGACCUCUCGGUGCUGGACAGUCACGAGUCGCUCGACGCCGCCGGCAAGGAGGGCGAGGCCUGGCAGGAGACCCUGGCCUCGCUGACCGGCGAGGUGAACUUCAUCGGCCCGAUCGCCGCGGCUGGAUUCAUCGCCAUGGCGACCGGCCCGAUCGGCGCCGCGGUGGCGCUGGCCACCGGCGCGGGCCUGUCGGGCCUGGCCGCUCGCGACAUUCUGGAGCAGAUCCAGGCGACGCCGCACACCGAGGACUUCGCCCGCGCCCUGGAGGCCGGGGCGGUGCUGCUUUGGGUGCGGGCCGAGACCGCCGAGCAGCAGGCCCAGGCCACGGCGAUCCUGGAGGAGGCCGGCGCCCACGACCUGCAUGUUCACAGCCGGCCGAAGCAGGGCGGCGAGGCCUGA